GACACCGAGCAGGAAGCGCGCGGCGCGGGCAGAGCGGGAGCGGCCGCCGGAGCCAGCGCCGCCGCCAUGAACGGCAAAGGACAAUAUCCCACCCAGCCGUCCUUCCCAGUCCAGUCUCCAGCCAACGCCGCCGUCUACCCCCAGACGAUGCCGCUUCCGCAGCCUCCGCCCUACACCGACGCACCUCCUGCCUACUCUGAGCUUUACCGCCCCAGCUUCGUGCCUCUGGGCGCUGCCACCGUUCCCACCAUGUCUGCGGCCUACCCGGGCGCCUCCGUCUUCCUGCCCGUGGCCCAGUCGGUGGCCGUGGGCCCCAUCGGCUCCUCGGUCCCCAUGGCCUAUUAUCCCGUGGGACCGGUUUAUCCCCCGGGCUCGACAGUCCUUGUGGAAGGAGGCUUUGAUGCUGGAGCAAGGUUUGGGGCUGGUGGAACCCCCAGCAUCCCUCCCCCCCCUCCUGGCUGUCCCCCCAACGCUGCCCAGCUGGCUGUCAUGCAGGGAGCCAACGUCCUGGUGACGCAGCGGAAGGGAAACUUCUUCCUGGGAGGCUCAGACGGCGGCUACACUAUCUGGUGAAGGAGGAAGGCGAGGGGGGGAGAGGGGGGGGCUACCUUUGUGUAAGGACAGACAUCACACACUGUCAGCACUUCUCACCAUGUCACUGCUUUCGUCCAUAUUAACCUGAAGCUGCAGCUGAAGCCCACGGUGAGGAGGUGUCUUCCUGGUUUGGUGCCCAGCCCUGCAGGCGCUUCCAAGGGAAACAAGGAACCCUGUUAG